AUGGUUGGCACUUUCAUUCAUGCCCCAGACGUGUUAACGAGUAAUAGAUUCUUCGAAGGGUACAAUGUCUAUACUUUCUGCGGCAUUCUGAACAACACCGUGAUGGGCCUGACGAUCGCCGCCAUCCUCAAGUAUUUCGACAACAUAGCUCGUGUCUUCGCCCACGCCAUUGCGAUGCUGGUCACGAUGCUGCUGUCGGUCAUGCUAUUUGGCACAGAGCCGACGAUGCAGCUGGUGCUGGGGAUCGCCGUCGUCACCGCCUCCGCCCUGCAGUACCACCUGCGGGCGGGGCAGACCGACGGCAACGAGAGCAGCGAGGCGUCGGCGCUCGAGGGGACCAGGCUGGCCCUGCUGGAGGAGCGCGAACGCCGAGGACGGCCCGGCCUGCAAGCCCCUGGUGCGGGCCAAGGACCCGACGGCAGCCGCCGGAGCGUCGGCUCCUCCGUCGAGCUUGGCGAGGCCGCGCCACAGCAGGCGCCGCCCCCCAAGGACGGCGCGGACGUGGGCGCCUUGUGA